UGCUGUGUGCUGCUCGCUGGGCGCUGUUAAUUGACCAUGUCUUCUCACAAGACUUUCAGGAUCAAGCGAUUCCUGGCCAAGAAACAAAAGCAGAAUCAUCCCAUUCCCCAGUGGAUUUGGAUGAAAACUGGUAAUAAAAUCAGGUACAACUCCAAGAGGAGGCACUGGAGGAGAACCAAGCUGGGUCUCUAAGGCGUCCCACAUCACGUGAUGACACAUCUAAUUGGCACCACGUAUUUAAUUAAGCUACUUGAGGAUCAUGUGUUCUAUUCCAUCACCCUGUAAACACCUUCCUGCCUGGACAAUAGAUACCAUUUAUC